AUGUCUUUUACCAGGCGCUUAGUGCGGUGCGUCUCUCUAUUGCUGAGUCAUUGUCUUGAUGACUCAGCCAAUACCGCGAACUGGACGUUCGCAGUGUUCAUAGAUAGAAAGAAUAACAACAAGAAUCCAUACCUUGUGAAACAUUAA